AUGGCCGCUUAUGUAAACCGCACCAUAUCUCUAAUGUCGGGCGACGGGCCCCACAACAGGUCCCCCGUAACGGCGGUGCUGACGGAAAGGGGCAAGCGCAUACCGCUAGAUAAUUCUCCUUUGCAGAUUUUCGUCAAGGCCAAGAAGAAGAUUAACGACAUUUUCGGCGAAAUUGAGGAGUACGUCAAGGAUACGGUGGAUUAUAUGCACGAAGUCGAAAAAGAUGGAAAGAUAGUAAACAGCGACCAAGUGAAAAACACGGAAGAAUAUGUAGGCAAAGUGCACAGCAUCAGAGAUGUAUUGCAAAGGGAUCACAUGAAAGUCGCCUUUUUCGGACGAACGUCGAACGGAAAGAGUUCCGUUAUAAACGCCAUGUUGAGAGACAAAAUCUUGCCGAGCGGUAUCGGGCACACCACCAACUGUUUUCUACAAGUGGAAGGUUCACCAUCUGAUGAACCGUACUUAGUUUUGGAAGGUUCAGAGGAACAUUGCGCCGUAGAAUCGGUAGGACAACUGGCGCAUGCGCUGUGCAAAGAGAAACUCAACGAAUCCUCCUUGGUGAAGGUGUAUUGGCCAAAAAACAGGUGUCUGUUGCUCAGAGAUGACGUGGUGUUUGUGGAUUCCCCCGGCGUUGAUGUAACACCCAAUUUGGACGAAUGGAUAGAUAAACAUUGUUUGGAUGCUGACGUGUUUGUUUUAGUAGCUAAUGCAGAAUCUACCCUUAUGGUUACGGAGAAAAACUUCUUUCAUAAAGUGUCUACCAAGCUAUCGAAACCGAAUAUAUUUAUUUUGAAUAAUAGAUGGGACGCGUCUGCAUCUGAACCGGAAUUUUUAGACCAGGUCCGCAAGCAACACCAAGAACGCGCCGUAGACUUUCUAGUCAAAGAACUAAAAGUUUGCACCCCUAGAGAGGCCGAGGAGCGUAUCUUCUUCAUUUCGGCCAAAGAAGUCUUGCAGGCCAGGAUGUCGGAAGGUAAACCGAUCUCCGUACCGUUGACGGAAGGUUUCCAGACAAGAUACUUCGAGUUUCAGGAUUUCGAAAAGAAAUUCGAGGAAUGUAUCUCCAAAUCGGCCGUCAGGACCAAGUUCGAACAGCAUUCGCAAAGGGGGAAGUACAUAGCUAACGAACUCCGCGACAUCUUGGAAGGAAUCUAUUCGGACGCGCUGAAAUUGAAGGAGGAAAAAUUGGCCGAACGAAAAGAACUCAACGACAAAAUCAAUUACACUGAACAGCAACUGAUGGUGGUUACGCAAGAAAUGAAGAAAAAAAUACACAGUAUGGUCGAGGACGUGGAACAAAGGGUAUCGAAAGCUCUCAGUGAAGAAAUACGCCGCUUAAGCACUCUAGUCGACGAAUUCAACCUGCCCUUCCACCCGGAACCACUGGUACUGAACGUUUACAAAAAGGAACUUCAUUUGCACGUCGAGACGGGUUUGGGUUCGAAUCUUCGAGCGAGAUUAUCGACCGCUCUAGCUCUUAAUAUGGAAUCCAGUCAACGCGAGAUGACCGAAAGGAUGGAAGCGUUGGUGCCGCAGCACCACAAGAUGGCCGGAAACGUUGUCAUGCCCAGGAGGCAGCCGUUCGAGAUUUUGUAUAGGUUGAAUUGCGAUAAUUUGUGCGCCGAUUUUCAUGAAGAUUUAGAGUUUAGGUUCUCUUGGGGCUUAACGAGUCUCAUCCAAAAAUACGCAGGUAGCGGCGCCAAUUUCCUAGCCCUUCGUGGCAAACGCGAAAGUCCCACUAAUUCCCACGCUCCCUCCACCCCCACUGACAUCGUAGACGGCCGAUUAAUCUACACCAGCGCCACCAUCGACGAUUGGUCGUUUCUAUCACGACUGGCCAUCAUGGGAGCUUCUUCGCAGGGUACCAUGGGUGGUCUAGUCGUCGCAGGAUUCCUAUUUAAAACCAUCGGUUGGAGAAUAGUAGCUGUGACCGGUGCGAUAUACAGUUGUCUAUACCUCUACGAACGACUGACGUGGACGAAUAAGGCCAAAGAGAAGUCGUUUAAGAAACAGUACGUCCAGCACGCUUCCAAGAAACUACGAAUGAUUAUCGACCUUACUUCGGCGAAUUGCAGCCAUCAAGUGCAACAGGAGCUCAGCGGGACUUUUGCCAGAUUGUGCCAGGUGGUGGACGACGCCACAACAGUCAUGGAUAAGCAACUAAAAGAAUUGGAAGUCGAGGUUAGCAGUUUAGAAACGGCCGGUAGCAAGGCUAAGGUAUUGAGAAACAAGGCUAACUAUAUAGCGCACGAAUUGGAACUAUUUGAAAAGGCGUAUCUCAAAUUGACUCACUAG